AUGGCAGAUUAUGCAAGUCUUCAUAAGGACAUAUUGCAAGAGAUCCUAAAGUUCUUAUCAUUUGCAGACUAUAUUCGAUUUGGUGCAGUGUGUUCACAGUGGUAUGAGGUGUGGUAUGAGGUGGUAAAAGAGAAACAUUACUUCCCUUAUUUGCUUUUCUUUGAUGGAGAUUUCCCAAUGAUUUUUAACAUAUUAGAGAAUGUGGUUUACCAAAUAGAAAUAUCGGAGCUACAAGAGAUGCAUUGUGUUGGUUUUUCACAUGGGUGGCUAAUUAUGAUAAAUCCGUCAUUUGAUAUAAAAUUGUUGAAACCCUUUUCGAAAACUCAGGUCAACUUACCUCCAGUGCCAUUUUUUUGGACCGAAGAAGAUUUUGAUAUACUUAUUAAUAAAGCAGUAAUAUCAUCAGAUCCUUCGAAGAGUUCCAAUUAUAUUGUAGCUGCUAUUUAUCAUUGGAGUUACAGAUUAGCAUUUUGGAAACCAGGUGACUCGGAAUCGACCGUGAUAACCAGUACUUUUAUUCUUGAAGACAUUAUUUGGUACAAUGGAGCAUUUUAUGUGGUUGGAAAGGAUAGUCAGGUGUGUCGAGUUGAAUUUGGUAUGAAUAUUAAGCUAAUAGAAAUUGCUUCCCAAGAUAAGUGGGACUCACAUAGAAAGAAAAUCUAUAUGGUAGAUUUUAUGGGAGAUCUACUCCUUAUUUAUAGGAUGAUUUAUCCCACUGGUUAUAAUUCCCUAAAGACAAAGUGUUUCAAGCUAUUUAAGCUAGAUCUAGAAGAGAAUCAAUUUGUUGAGAUGAAAAACAUAAAUGGUUUUGUUUUGUUUUGUUUUUGGGUUCUAAUUAUGCCAUGUUAA